CGGAAGCCCGUUAAGCGAAAGCUCCUUCUAUUGUGACUACAAUCAUUUGGACCAUUUGAACCAUUUACUGAGCUCAACGUGCGCGGCGAGUUUGCAGUUAGUCGGUACGAGAUGCCCCCAAAGAAAAAUGAACCCUCUAAAAAGAAUGCUGAAAAACAGAAGCAGAAGGUCGUCGAGGAUAAAACUUUUGGAAUGAAAAAUAAAAAAGGGGCCAAGCAACAAAAGUUCAUUCAACAAGUGCAAAAACAAGUUACUCAAGGUAACAGGUCUGCCAAAGAAUUAGAGCGUGAAAAACAAUUGAAGGAAGACAAGAAAAAAGAGAAGCUCGAACUUAAUGAUUUGUUCAAGCCUGUGUUGGAAUUACAAAAGUGUGCGAAAGGGGUUGAUCCAAAGUCAGUUCUAUGCGUCUUCUUUAAACAGGGUUUAUGUGCCAAAGGUGACAAGUGCAAAUUUUCCCAUGAUUUGACUGUUGAACGGAAGGCAGAAAAGCGUGGAAUUUAUUCUGAGUCUGAUAAAACGGAUGGUACUAUGGAUGACUGGGACAUAAAUAAAUUAGAAGAAGUGAUUAGCAAAAAGCAUGGUGCUGAUAACAAAGGGUUACCACCCAGUACUAUAGUAUGUAAGUACUUCAUUGAAGCAGUGGAAAAUUUCAAGUAUGGUUGGUUUUGGGAGUGUCCGAAUGGAAAGACAUGUCAUUACAGACAUUCAUUGCCACCUGGUUUCAUCUUACAACGAGAUAAAAAGAAAAUGGAAGAACAAAAGGAGAUAAUAUCCAUCGAGGAUUUAGUUGAACGGGAGAGGCAAGCUCUUGGACUAAAUCAAACCAGAGUUACUUUACAUACAUUUAUGGAAUGGAAGAAACGAAAGAGGCUUGAGAAAAUCGAGAAGCGACAUGCUGAUAAAGCGAUGCGAGAAGCCAGUUAUAAACAAGGCCGUUCCGCAGGGAUAAGUGGUCGGGAGAUCUUUGAGUUUGACCCAGCAUUGGUUAUGGAGGCGCUGGAUGAUGAUGAGACAUCUGGAGUUGUUGACUCUAGAAUUCGUGAUGAUGGAGAAAAUGAAUAUGAUGGUCCUGUUAGGGAUAUUGACUUGAAUAUGUUUGGGAUCGAAGUGCUUGAAUAUGAGGACAAGGAUGAUGGAACUGAAUUAACAGGGGAUUGUGCUAUACCGGGAGUUAGCGAAAUACACGAAAAUGGUUAUAAUACUGAUGAGUACGCAUAGCUGUACUUUUUGUUUUUAAUCCAAAGUACGUUAUUUAUCAAAAAACUGUAACAAUGCUCACAUUCAGACAGGAGUGGUCUAGUGGUAAAGCAGUUCAACUUUCAUCCAGGUCACAGGUUUGAAUCUUGCUCUGCGUAAUAACUUUUGAGCCGUUGAGAAUUAUCACGAGUCCUACCACUUAAUGUGUGAUUUAAAACCAAGUACAUGUGGUAUUUUACAGACAUUAUCACGAAGGCUUCAUAAAUGCAUUAGGUAAGAAUAUUGCCUUAUGACCCUUUCAAAUAUCUUGUGACGAACCACCAGUCAGAAUAUCGUUUUCUGUGACCUUAUCGCUAAGCCAACCAGUGACAAGCCAAUCAGUACUAGUAGCUUUGAGUCAACUCUAAAUCCUCAUUGCUCCUCGAUACAAAGGUUUCUUGCCUUUCUCUGCCCGUUGAGUUCAGAACAUGAUGAUCAGUCUCUAUCGUGUGAAUAAUAUAUUCCAAACAUACGUAGUUUAUAUGCAAGCAGACUAGACCGCAUCGCACUAAAAUAAAAAUAAAAAUUAUACAAUAUUAAGCCGAAGUUGGUUGUGAGCAGGGAGGAAUAAAAUAUAGAUUGGGAACAAAUUAAGGAUAAUAAAUCGUAUAUUAAUGGGUCAAACGAAGGCUUAUCAUCAAAGGUAUAUGAAAAUAUAUAAUCUAGUUACUUAAUUAUACCAUAAGAAGCUACGUAUAUAUAAUUAUGCCCACCUACCCCUGUUACCCUCUGCGGAUGAGCAAAGGCCGCCCACCAGAAUUCUCCACCCAUCUCUGUCCUGGACAAUCCUUCCCAGUUGCUAUUCAUUUUUUCGAUGUCUGCAUCUAAUCCCCGACGUAGCGUGUUCUUCGGCCUCUUUCUUUUCCUCUUCUCUCCACGAUCCCAAGUUAGCGCUUGGUUUGUGAUGCAGUUUGUUUAUCUCCACAAUGCAUAUCCUAUCCACCUCUAACGUCUUUUCCCGAUUUCCUCUUCAGCUGGAAACUGGUUUGUUCUCUUCCACAGUAGUUUUUUGCUGAUGGAUAAAAUACUUCUUAAUGUUUUCCUGAGCCUUUCCCGCCUAUUGCAAGAACUUUUCAGGAUCGCCCGAACACAAGUGCUUUCUCAUGGUGAAGGAAUUCGAUGUAUGGUGACGACUUCCAUUCACUUGAUGGCUUAAGAAGGAAGAUCUGUAGGUACUGCUUCUAUGUCCAGUAGGUUGAGUAGGGCUGGUCUAUUCAAGAGUUGCUCAAAGUGCUCUGCCCACUUGUUCUGUUGUUUUUCGAUUUCAGUGAUUGGCUUGCCUUCUUUG